AUGCAGGGAGCCCGAGCCGCAUUCUUAAUCCUGCAGGUGGCGCUCGCAUCUUCUCAGCUUCACUGCCGCAAUGCAGAUGCGGCGCCUGAUGUCGCCACCAGAUCGCCAGCGCUACUGGUGGAACCAGCAGGCCGGGAAACUGAAUCCAUUGCGGCAGAGAAGCCCACAGGACCAGGCGCGGCUGCAGGCACUGCGCAAGACUUGACACAGCGGAGACCCGAUGGAGAGGACUUGCAGCUUCCCCCCCUCGACGUUGACGCCAGGAGCAAGAAGCGACACAGGUUUUCGGCGGCUUCCACUACUUUUCGUGCGGUAAGGCGCGUCGUCCUGGUGUCGCUGGUGCUCUACCUAGCGAUUACGUGGGGCUUUGCGAAGGUGCGCAAGUGCCUGAGUAGUCGUCGUGGCCGUUCAGACGGCUCAGCCGCGCGGAGACUGAUGGACGACGGCAACACGCCCUCCUCCUCUUCAAGUGGAGCGUCGGGUCCUACCUCCCCUACGUGCGAGGCCGUGCUGGAGAGUUUAGGGGCGGCCGCAGGGGCUCUGGCGCCAUCCGGCCUCUCGCGCUCGUAUUCUGAGGGACAUCGCACGUCCUCGUCAUCGUCGGCUUUGCCGGGGCCGUCAACUGCACCGUCGACGUCACUGGAUCCUAUGGAGCAGUUGACCUCAUCAAUGAGCUCGAUGACCGUCGAGAUGGACCCGCUACAAAGGAUCAGCCGGAAAUGGAAGACCCUGCGGCAGGAAAGAGGCAACCUACAACACAAAAGGAAAGCAAUACAACGUGAGCUGGCGCGCGCAAAAGCAGAAGCCGCUGGUACGGAAGACGUGCAAAGGCUUGCUGCGCUCGCGGCGGAUAUCGAAAAAGAGGCGAAACUCGUGUCCUCACAGCUUUUCCAUACACGACUUACUGCGUCGCUACUGCGCGUGCAAAUUGAGAGGAACCGACGGACGCAUCGGGAUGAGCAACUUUCGCGCAGAAGACGCUUGCGGCCGGAUUCUUCACCGAGCAGGCCUGUGGCCUCGACGGCAUCUCCACCGCCGCCAAGUCCGUCGACCAGCGACGACGACAUGGACGAGACCGGAUAA